GUGUCUCUGUCUGCAGCAGUGAUACAACGUGAAAGUCAAGUCAGAGUGAAACGUGUAAUAUCUCUAUAAACACGACGUAUUAUGUUGUUUUUUUCGUUUAGUGUGUUAUUCUCUUAGAGUCAUAAGUGUCAGCUUUUAUCACCAUGUUUCAGGCUGCAGUUAAAGCUCUUUGUUUGGUACCUACCGGCUCUCUGUCCGGGGGAAUGUUGCUAAAUCUUCGACAUUAUUCUAAGAAAACACCGAUAAAAGUCAGAAUAUCCGAAGCACUGUCAGCUGCAGAAAUAGGAGAAAAAGUCCAAAUACAGGGUUGGGUUCGAUCUGUCAGAGCUCAGAAGGAACACCUGUUUGUCCAUGUGAAUGAUGGGAGCUCCCUGCAGCCGUUACAGAUUGUUGCCACUUCGGAGCUGAAUAACCCGUUGCUCACAUUCGGUAGUGCUGUUGAAAUCACAGGUAUCUUAAAGAAAAGUCCACAUGAGAAACAACCGGUGGAACUAGAAGCAAAUCAGAUCCGUGUAGUAGGAGAAUGUAACCCUGUGGAUUUCCCCUUUAAAGUCAAAAAGAGGCACAGUCUAGAGUACCUUCGACAGUUUCCUCAUCUCAGGUGUCGGACAAAUUCUUUUAGUUCCCUGUUGAGAAUACGAAGCGAGGCCACUGCGGCAAUUCACUCAUAUUUCAAGUCGAACGGCUUUGUGCAGAUUCACACUCCAACGAUCACGUCUAAUGACUGCGAAGGGGCAGGGGAGCUCUUUCAAGUAGAGUCGUCGAACCCACUGCACGCAGAGGAAGACAACUUUUUCUCCGUCCCGGCCUUCCUCACUGUGUCUGGUCAGCUUCAUUUGGAGGUGAUGUCAGGAGCUUUUUCUAGAGUCUACACAUUUGGGCCAACUUUUCGUGCAGAGAACUCCCAGAGCAGGCGUCACUUGGCUGAGUUUUACAUGGUGGAGGCCGAAGUCUCCUUUACACAGUCCUUAGAGGAUCUUACCAAGGUCAUGGAGGACAUGUUCAGGUCUGCUACGGAGCAUGUCUUGGCGCAGUGUGCAGACGAUGUGGAUUUAUUUCACAAGCAUGUGACUCCUGGACACAGGGAAACUGUAGAUGCUAUGCUGAAGAACAGAUUCCCUGUGAUUUCCUACACGGAGGCGAUAGACAUUUUACAGCGCAGCUCUGAGGCAUUUCUCUUCCCAACAGAAUGGGGUUGUGACCUUCAGACCGAACAUGAGAAGUACCUGGUGAAACAUUGCGGCAACAUUCCAGUGUUCGUCACUGAUUAUCCUUACGCUCUGAAGCCGUUUUAUGCAAGAGACAACCAGGACCGUCCUAACCAUACAGCGGCUGCCGUGGACCUUCUGGUGCCAGGAGUUGGAGAGCUGUGUGGAGGCUCGCUGAGGGAGGAGAGGCUGCAUCUGCUCCAAUCGAGGCUGGAACAGGUUGGAUUAGAAGACAUUUACAGCUGGUAUCUGGAUCUGAGGCGUUUCGGUUCGGUGCCUCACGGCGGCUUCGGGCUGGGAUUUGAACGAUAUUUGCAGUGCAUUCUGGGAGUCGACAACAUAAAAGACGUCAUUCCUUUUCCUAGAUUUUCCCGUUCGUGUCUUCUCUAAAACUGAAGUCUGUCAGGAGAAUGAAUAAAACAUGUUUUUUUCGGU